UUUUUCUUCGUAUGGGAUGUAUUUGCUGUAUCGCUUGUAGUCGUGCUAGGUGGAGGAAGCAGUAGUCGUAGCAGUCGUAGUAGUAUUUGUAGUAACUCUAGGUGUUGUGGAACGAGCAGCAUUCGGACGCCCAUUUCCCGUGAUCAGAAAAUCGAUGCCAUCAUCGUUGUCGUCACAAGUGGCGCCCUCAGCGCCCACAGCCGUUUAGGCUCGAGGAGUAUUGCAGGUCUGUUGAGCGCCGCGUGCAGCUUGCGACGCCAUCGCCCGAUGUCAUCCUCAUCGUCUUCUUCCUACUCCUCUUGUUCCCCGUCCUCUCCCUCUGCCAAGAUUCGCGUGUGCCAAGGGAAGAAGUGCCGCAGUGCGGGCUCCGAGAUCGUGCUUUUUGAGAUCGAGGAGCUGGCAAAGGGCUUCGAAAACUGUACGGUUGAGGCGUCUCGCUGCUUGGGGGCCUGCCGCAAGGCACCGAAUGCGGAGGUGGUCCGGGGACAAGCAGAAGGGAUAUGCACCAGAAUCAGCGAUGCGGAGAGGAGCGCGGCGGUGGUUGCGCGAGCCACAGGAGCCAUGCCGUGCUUCGAGGACCCCCGGCUCGCGCGGAAGCUGGCCGAUGCCAGGAUGAGGAGGGUGCGCAGUCGGGCCCGGGCGGAAGGCAAGUGGAACGCGGCCCUGGCAGGCUUCCCCGAGCAGGUGAUGUCUCGGUCAGGCAGGGAGCGCCUGGAGCUGCAGCUCGAGAUGUCCCAGCUGAUGGCGUCCGCGGGGCUCUGGGAGGAGGCGCUGUCCCACGUCGCGGAGGUCGAGGCCAGGUCCGGCGACAGCCUCGCGGUCGCCAUGGAGCGCGCGAGGCUCCUGGGCAGGCUCGGGCGGUCGGAGGAGCUCGAGGCCAUCCUCCGGCGGCGCGUGUCGGCGAUGAGGCUGGACCGCAGACUCGCCAAGGAAGUCGCCUCGUCGCUGAGGAACUGCGUGGCCGACUGCGCCACAGCCCCUGGCCUCGACGGCGCCAGGCGGCCGAUCGAGAAAUACGGCCUGUGGUAUCUGGAGGGCACGACGAAGGUGUCGAGGCACAGCGCGAUCUACCACUUCAGGUCGGAGGACGAGGCGAGAGGCACGCCGCUCCCCAAGAAGCGGAAGCGGGGCGCGCAGCACAGCACGUGGCACACGACCCUCUUGGCCGGCGUCGGCGCGAACAGCGAGGGCCCCUUGCCCUGGGUCGAGCGCGACUACACGCCCGUCAGUACCGCGGCAGAGUGGGAGCAAGGCAAGUGCGAUAUCCUCAUUAAGAUCUACCGCGACGGCCUGGCGACCUCGUGGCUGCACAGGCAAGAUCCCGGCUGCUCGGUGAGGCUCUCGCAGCCGAUGAAGACCCUGGACGUGCCCAGCCUCGUGACAGAUCGGCACCAGGCCACCUUCGAGCCCGCCAGUCGGAGGUUGUCACUGUGGCAAUCGGGGCCGCCCUGGGCCGUGGCCCCUCCUGGCAGCACCCGAGCCAGCGUCCUGCUCCUCCUGGCCGGGACCGGCAUCGUGGUGGGCUCCCAGAUACUGCGCUUCGCCGGCCCCGGCGACAGC